AUGGCUUACCCAGGGACUAUCAGCAAUGAGCAUCAGGCCAUGGCACAAAUCAGGCAGCGCUACCCAGAAAUCCGACAAGGCCACAACGGAGGCUACGAAAUUUUAUUACAGCUCCAAAUGGGUGCACUAUAUAUUUCACUUUAUUUCCCAAAACAAUUUCCUUCCGCCCCUCCUUCUAUUUUUGUAGCCUCUCCAGUCGAGCAUGCCCUAAUUGGUGAAAAUUUCAAAAUUAAUUACCCAGAAGAAAAAAUCUGGACAUCCAGAACCCCUCUUCUAGCAGUCAUCCAAAAUAUCCAUUCUGCAUUUAUGAAAGAUCCUCCACGUAUAAAGCCUCCUCAACAAGAAGACUUGCCAAACUUCACAGAAAUUUUAUACCAUUUCCUUAUAUUUUUUUAUAAAAAUUAAUUUUAUUCAAAAAAUUCCUGUAUUUAUUUUAAUUAAGAACACGCAAAAAUCCAAUGCCUGUAGAAGAUGAAGAAGAUAUGAGAGAUGUCAUAUAUACAAGGGUCCAAAAAGCUAUCAAUCUCACAGAAGAAAGGGAUAAGCUUUUAAAUGAGGUCAUAGAGAAGACAGAAUUUAUUUUAUCAAAAAAGGCAGAAAUAGAUAAAAUCGUCAAUGAAAAUAGAAGCAAAAUUAGCGAAAUUGAUGAGCUGACAAAACAGUUUGGAAGACUGGUGAAUGAAAGUCAACAGAUUUCAGUAAGAGUGGACCAGCAAGGGGUUGUUGAAGAUUUGAAGAGAAAAGAGACAGCGGUGAACCAGGAGCUGCAGGACUUGAGGAAACAGUUUAUGGAUGGAGAAAUUACAGCUGAUAAGUAUAUAUACUUUUCUUCUAUCAAUUGCCUAGUAAGGGCAGGAGAUUGGAGAGAGAAAAUUUCACGUAGAAAGAGUAAUCAAACCAACUGGAGAAUUGGCAAAUGGGCCUAUAUUUAGAAAUUUUGACAAGCCUGAGUUGACUCAAGCAGCUUCUCCAAUCUCUGCGUUUAAUGGGUAAUUAAUAGGAGAAGAGUAUACAUAAAUCAAAGAAGCUGAUGAUACAGUCAAAGUAUAUGAGGCUAAUUCAAGCAAAAUAA